CGGAGCGUGGUAGGGAGGAAGGCGGUCAGCGCCGAGAUGGCGGUUGAUAAGGAUCUGCUGCAGCUGGACCUCUACGGCUUGUUGGGGGUCGGCGAGAAGGCGUCGGAGAAGGAGGUUAAGAAAGCAUACCGGCAGAAGGCCCUGACUUGUCACCCAGAUAAGAACCCAGAUGAUCCCAGAGCAGCGGAAGUCUUCCACCAACUGUCUCAGGCCUUAGCCGUGCUAACAGAUGCAGCAGCAAGGGCGGCGUAUGACAAAGUGAGAAAGGCUAAGAAGCAAGCUGCAGAAAGGACACAAAAACUUGAUGAGAAGCGAAAGAAAGUAAAGCUUGAUCUUGAAGCCAGAGAACGAGAAGCCCAGACUCGUGAGAGUGAAGAGGAGGAGAUCAGGAUAACGAGAUCAUUAGAACAAGAAAUAAUACGCCUACGUGAAGAAGGCUCCCGUCAGCUUGAGGAGCAGCAGAGACUCAUUCAAGAACAGAUCCGGCUUGAAAGAGAGCAGCACAUCCAAGGCAAGCAAGAAAGAAAUGGAGCAGAAGGCAAAAUAACUCCUAAACUCAAACUAAAAUGGAAAUGCAGGAAAGAAGAUGAGACGAGAGGAGGGUACUCAAAAGAUGUUCUGUUGCAGAUCCUGCAAAAGUAUGGCGAUGUGCUUAAUUUGUUGAUCUCAAGUAGGAAGACUGGGAGCGCAGUCGUGGAAUUUGCUACAGUUAAGGCUGCUGAGAUGGCUGUGAAGAAUGAAGUUGGCCUGAUAAAUAACCCUCUAAAGAUUUCCUGGCUGGAGGGCCAGCCCCGGAACAAUCCCAGCACUGUGCUUUCUGACAGCACUAGUCAGCCUAGGACUUCACAGAUCCCUCAAGCAUUCCCUCUUCUGGCACUGUCCAUCACUGUCCAGAGUGUGGCUGUUCUGAUUCAAGAUGAUGACUUGGUUGCCCAGCUUUUUGUGUCUCCUGAGUGAGAAACGUCUGAAGAACGUUGUGGACUUAAUGGACCCUCUCCGCCAAGUAUCCAUGCUGAUGAAAGGCAACAAGAAGAAGGAGACUGCUGACUCUUCACAGUCAGGUGUUGGACUUAAGUCGCAGGAUCAGCAGCAAGUCACACAACAGGAACAACCUCUUCCUU